AUGCGAUACCCGCCCGACAAGAAUCGCAAUGGCAACGGCGUGCUGUCGGAGCAGGACGUGGUGUCGUCGAAUGCCACCCUCAAUACCGUCUUUGGCAAGCAGAGGUCCUGGAUGACAGCUGGGGCCGGCAAUGGGAUCAGGGUGCAUCCCACACCGCGUGCUUCAACCCAUGCUGUGCCGCAGACGCAGACGCAGACGCAGACACAGACACAGAGUUCGAGGUGAGCGAAGUACUUUACUCCAUAACAUGGCAAUGGGCAUCUUGGAUCCCAUCCCCAUCUUCCGACACCCUGCCCAUUUGCCAACCGUGACCGUGACAGGCUCGAGGCAAAGCCCAUACCUUACUCGUAAAUCACAAAGAACCGUCAUUCUCGGUUGCAUGCGCGCAAUACAUACUAAUGCGUCGUCUAUCAGAUCUGCCACAGCCACAGGCGCAGGCAUUCUGCCCUCACCUGCUCCAAGCAACGAGCCGAGCCCGAUCCUGUUAAAUAUUACCACCACGAAUGGUCGCGAAUCGCAUCCACAACAACCUCCCCAGGCGAGUCGCGAGCAAAUGCCUCCUCAAUCAAAUAAUACCCCCGACCAGCCCAUUCAGAUUCCAGAUUCACCAGAGGGAGACACAAUCUAUGUCGAAAGUCCACAGCCCCAAACUACACCCUCGUUCCAUACUAACUCACAAUCACCUCGACUCACGGAGCAGAGGCAACCCCCGUUCUCACUCAACGGCCAAACCACCGCAACAGUCGAGUCCUUCCUACCCAGAAAUCCUCAGUUUAAUACUGCAAGUAGCGCCUCGAGGACGAGUACGGCGGCAGGAUCGCGGCAGCCUCAAGCAAGAGAUAAUAGUAAUAACCCGGGCACUCCUCAAACCUCUCAAAGACCAACUGUGCCUCAAAUCAAUGUUCCACCUCAACGAUCGACGGCGGCCAGCUCUUUGCCUGCCUUUUUCCAAAUGUCUCCAGGGGCAGGACAAGAAUAUCUGGAGAGGCAACUCAUCGCCGCCCAAGUCCAUGCAAGUGUGCCUGCAGGACAAGAAUAUCUGGAGAGGCAACUCAUCGCCGCCCAAGUCCAUGCAAGUGUGCCUGCAGGACAACAAGAAGCUUUAGUUCAACGCAACAGGACGCAAUCAAUUGACCUAUCCUCGACUUCCAUGGUAUCCCCACAAUUGCCGCACGCUAUAGAUUCCAAUUUUGCUCGCCCUGCCAAAAGACAACGAACUAGAGCACCCAUGCCAUCAUUAAAACCCAAGAUAAAUAUGAUAGAUCAACAGAUGCGAUCACUCGCACAGGUCCCCAACUCUUUCCUGGAAUAUUCAAGGUACGGCUUACUCAAAGAGGCCUGUGAGAACGAAGAUGCUUUUUAUGUUGCUCUUCAUCAGAUAUUCUGCCUAUGGGAUUUAGAUAAAGACCAUCAUCGUUCUCAGAUUGUGGACAUUGCCAAUUUUCCAAGCGCAGGCGUGCUUCAAGUGUCUUUUUUGUAUCUUGGCUGGUUGAUUCGCGACAAUACUGCUCUGCUGGCCGAUCAUAAGACUUGGUUUGCCAACUUUCCGAGUCCUUUUAACCUAUUAAAAACCUCGGAGCCCUACAUGCGAGCUGUCGACAAUGUUGGCGUUUUCUUGAGCAAACUGCAGACAGAGUGGAUACCGCUAUCAAACGAAGUUGAAUCUCGAAAGUAUCCCCCGCUCGUAGAUGAAAUGGUAUCUCGCAUCGGGCUGUUGUCGCCAACCCUCCAACAGGUUUUCUUCACCGCCUCUAGGCGUAAUUUGGGUUUUAAAGAGGAUGUUCUUGGCCAACAUAUGGAAACUCUUUUUCGAAGAGACCGUGAAGAGCAUCAGAACCUAUCUGCUCGUUACAACACCGCUCACCCUCCGACCUUUAAGGAAAUCGAAGCGAGAAAUGUCAAGCUCAAGGGUGAACAUAUCGCAGCGUAUCAAAAAUUGACUGCGACUGCAACUGCUGCAACGACGGCACAAUUUGCUGCAAUAUCAGCCUCAUCAGCUGGAAGUCCGGUUAUACAGACUUCCCCAAACCUUCCUCCCGGCAAUGGCCAUCCCCAACCCAGAAUGCGGUCAGACAAUAAUCAGUUUCACAACACGCAGCAGACAGCCCCAUACUCGCAACAAAUGCGAAUGGCGAGCAAUCCAUCCCCAGUGGCUUCAACUCCCACAUUGCACGGGCGUAAUGGAAGUAUAAGUGGCCGUCAACCCCACCAAAAUGCACCAAGCCCAACAAUGCUGCAAGGCCUCUCAAUGAAUUCUCCUGUCCAGCAAGGAUUUCCUCCGACUUUGAACGGUCGAGGGCCCAUGAACCAGUACUCGAACCAAACAGCGCAACAAUACGCCACGUCCCAAUUUCCGCAGCAGUUUCAAGCGCAACAAAUGCAAUUGGCACAGCAAAUAACACAGCAGCAUGGUUAUCAGGCUCAGCCAGCACAACAGCAAUUCUACCACCCUUCGCAACCUCCUAGACUGUCCUCAAAUACCCAGAGUAUAGAAAUGCAACGACAACAACAGCAACAGCAAGCAUAUCUGCAACAGCAAGCCAUGCAGCAGGUGAUCAAUUUCAACCGAACUGCCGAGAUUCGACGGGAGAGCGCUCCUAUGAUCAACACUCAAAAUAAUAUUCGGUCAAGAAACAGUAGUGUUUCCACUAGUGGCCGCCAAACGCCUGUAAGAAAUAUGAGUACUGGUUUGUCGCCACACUUGGGCGCUAACCAAGAAGUUCAGACUCGAAAUACGUUCAGCAUGGGGUCUUCCUCGCCUAAUGUUGCGAUGCAACCACAGUUCAAUCAGCAAAAAAUGUUAACUCAGGUCAAGGGGAUCCAAAAUCGUUAUUUUGUCCCCGGGUUAGGACUGCGCCCACAACUGACAGUCACAAACCCAGAUCAUACAUCCAUGCAUCAGUCCUAUCUUCGAAGUCCUGUGCUACGCAUUUCCACUUUAUCACAUCUGGAAAAACCUCAACUUGAGCCAUGCACGAGACAUUACCAAGUUGUCAGAAGCCUCGCUUUUGGUCCUUCAAAACUCGACCAGGAUAAACCGCUAACAAAAUUCAACUUCGAAAUAUCCAGCGAGGACCUGGAAAGAAUUCCCAAGGAUCAUGUGUAUGGGUCUGGCAAAUCCUCAAUGCGAGAACUAGAACCUGGUUCCCUUCAGUAUCGCCUGCGUUGUAUCCAGGCAAAUCCAGAUGUCACAGCCUGCCCGCCUGCUGACUGGGUGGUAAGUGAUACAUAUUGGCCUGAGGGCGUUUUUUUGGCAAUCAACAAACAACAAUUGGAGUUGAGACGAAAGUUUCAUCACGGCAAGGACCUUCCAAUUGACGUCACGCAGAGUUUUUAUGCGGAUAGGCUCAACAAGUCUCAUGAAAUCACGGUGUCCGUUCCAGUAUGGGGCCCAAAGACAUCCACAUGUUUCUUCGGUAUUGAGGUUAUUGAGAUUGUACAACACAAUCAGAUCAUGGAACAGUGCCAGAAACAACGAAAAUCUGCGUCACAAACCCUCGAUGUCAUUAAGAAGGUUUUGGCACCCAAGGAUGAUGACGAUGACGAUUUUGCCAUGGUGUCUAGUGACCUCGUAAUUGAACUUGCUGAUCCGUUCAUGGCCCAGAUAUUCAAGAUACCAGUUCGUGGGAAAAGCUGCAAACAUCAUGAGUGUUUUGAUUUAGAAACGUUUCUCAUUACACGAGUGAGCAAACCCAAACGUCCUCAGCAGCCGUGUAUGCCAGACGUAUGGAAAUGUCCUCUAUGUGGUAAAGAUGCUCGGCCGUCAUCUUUGGUCGUUGACGAUUUCCUUGUUUCUGUUCGGGAGGAACUUGAUCGACAAAAUAAGUUGGACGUCAAGGCAAUAAUGGUCACUCCAGAUGGCACGUGGAAGGCCAAAGAAGAGCAGGCUCCAAAACGGACAGCAACCAGAGAUCCGUUUGAUGACGAUCCGACGGAUGAUGAAGCGGAUGGGAAGAAUGCUCGGGCCCCAUCGGCGGGUGCAACGAAGAAGGUGCCAGCCAAGGUUGUAGAGAUCAUUGAGUUGGACGACAAUUGAGUGGUUGUUUGACUGUCUUACUCUUCUCUACGAAUUUUUCGUGAUUUGGGAUUUGGGAUUUGUUUCACAAAAAAGUGAACUACGGUUGCUUUGGCUUUUGUAUAUUGUGGAAUGGCUUUCAAUGGCGUAUACGGCGUGUUUGGCAUCACAUUACAGGGUGGGAAAAAGCGGAUUUGGGAGGGUAUCUUCUCGUGGUGCUUUACACGAGAGGCUUUUACAUUGCUUUGGCGUUUUUUGUUUUGCUUUGCAUCUCUACGUUGACUUUUUCGUUGACUUUUUUUCUCUUCUUCUUCUCCUUUUUCGGAGGGUUUUGGGGGAGCAUGUUACAUACCCAGGGAUUUGCAUUACUUUUCUGCUCUUGUUUUUUUCUGCUUUAUUUUUCUUCUUCCUUGCCAACGUCUGCGAGAUAGAGAUGAGAGAGGGGAUGCAUAGAAAAGAGGACAGAUACCAAGGGUUGGGGUGACAAGUGUGUUUUUCUGCCUUCCUCCCUAGGAGGGUUUCGGGUUGUUGUCGGACUAGACUUGCUAUGCUCUGCUUCUUUUCUCUCGGGAAAGAGAAGAGAAAAGAGGGGUUUGCGGAUUGCUGCAUGGGAAAGUGGAAGGGGAUAUGGGAAGGGGGUGUAUUCUCUCGUUCUUAUACGUAAGAUCAGGGAUAGUAUAUCAUAUACUUACUUCCUUCCUUCCUUCCUACCAUCUAAGGUUGCUUUUGCGGUACGGUGCGGUUUGCUAGUUGUGGGUUGUAGGUGAGCUGGGGUGGGUUAGCUAGGCGUGGUAGAGAAUGGGACAUACUUAGAUACCUAGAUAGAUACCUAGGGACUUGCAGGGAUUAGGGAAAUACGAAAAGAGUUUUCUCGCUGA